UGCACAUUCCCAAAGCUGUCCUUUAGAGUUAGCAAAAAAGCUGCCUAUCAUCUUAGACAGCAAGGGAACAUUGUCUGGCCAAAGAUCUUGUGAGCUGUGAAACUCUAUCUUGUCUAUCGAUCUCUUAGAAUACUGUUUCUUAAGGAAAGCUUCUCCAGUCACUGGGACUGUUUGUGAGAGCUUGUCCGAAGCUUGUUUUCAAAGGCAGCCUUUUGCUAAUUUUUGAAUCUUCAUUCCUGAUGAAAGCUUGCAGAGGUGACUUGGAGCCAGCAGCAUAAGGUGCAACCGCCUCAUUAGCUCCCUCAGGUGAUUUUACAAUGGAUGGAAGAGCAGACUCGGUGAUGACUGUGCAUCUUCUUGCCACCUCUGGACAUUCAUUACUCUUGCAGCAAACACUUGAUCGGCUUCUGGGGUGGAUCUGCCUGGAUGUUCGCCUCUUCCUUGUAUCCGAACGUGUUACUCCAGUAAAGUAUUAUGAGAAAUAUUGCCGGAAAAGCUCUGGAUUUCCUGGGAUGUCCAUUCUCCUUUUCCUGCAUGAGGACUUUGGGGAAGAACGGAUUUUUCGGGUCCAUGAUUUUUUCCAGCACCCUCCAUGGCAGGAUCACCACAUGCAACAUAAUAAUGGGAAACUGUACCCUUAUGCACCGGCUAGUCAGGAAUUUUAUGGUCUGGAUGAGCAUAUGCCUGUAUGGGGUUUGCGGCAAGUUCAUUAUGGCACUGAAAUUCUGCGUGUGACCCUCUACUGUAGCUUUGAUAACUAUGAUGAUGCAGUCAGACUUUACGAGAUGAUUCUGCAGAAAGAAGCAUCUAUGCAGAAGAGUAACUUCUGUGUCUUUGUGCUGUAUGCAACAGAAACUGUUGCUGUUCAGCUCUGCUUGAAGCAGCUUCCCCCUGGGGUCUCUGUUGAACUGAAAGAAUCUUCCGUGUUGCAAUUCAAGGUGCACGAAAUUGGGAAGCUGGUACCUCUUCUGCCUAAUCCAUGUAUUCCUAUCAGUAGCACCCGAUGGCAAACUCAGGACUACGAAGGAAACAAAAUCUUGCUUCAGGUGCAAGGCAACUCAAAACAAAAUGAAAAAAAUGAUGGACUUUCCAAUCAGCACAAUAAUGCAGGUGAAGAAAAGAUCCUACAGAAUUCCACUCUAGCCCCUUUUCCCACAAAGUGGGUUAAUUCAGAGCAGAAAAGCCGGAAGGUCAGAAUGAUGAAGUGUAAAAUCAAAUCAGAACAUGGAAUUAUUUCUGGGAGUGGUAGCAGCACCUCACAGAGUAACUCUUGCUCUGCAUCCCAGGCCAGCAGUCCAGCAGCUACUUCACAGUCUGAUACCACCUCUUUCAAUGUAAGUGCAGGCACUAAACUGAACAUCUCCAGCCAAGAAAUCCGGUUUCGAAGGCAAGAAGCAGAGACCAAUGUUGACACAGGAUUCACGGUAGUAAAUUCUGAAUGCACUCCAUCUCCCCUGAGCAGGUUUUCAAGGGACUUGCAGGACAGCCUUCCUCAACCACAAGCACCAAACUAUUCAUUAGCUGCUCCUGGCUCCAGAAUCAGCUUGCCUUCUGAGGCUAGAACCCAUCUGCCGUCAUUUGCUGUCAAAAGAAAUGAAGGAGCAGGACAGACAGUUUCAGACUUUCACUUGCGAAUAUCAAGAGCAAACUAUGGGAAUGGAAAUGAAGAGGAGGAGGAAUUCUUUAUUUGACUUGAAACAAAUGUGCCUGAUGGACUGAAUUUAAAACUGGUCACUAAAUGCUUUAUUCUGGAACCAGAGAGAAAGCAAUCUGCAUGCUGUUUAACUCUGUGUUUAGACCCAGGAUAUCUGUUCUGUGAUGGAAAAAGACAUCAGUGGGGUUUUAUUGCAAUAGGGUCACUCAUGUACAAAAAUGCUAAUGGGACGGAGGGCAAAACCACAAAAAAAUAAUCAUGUGCAGUUACACAGUGAGUUUGAUUCUUUUCAAUACAGAGCACCCAACAGCCUAAUUGUGCAAUGAAUGGGAAUAAGCCAUGCGAGUCCUAUUGCUGUUUGUAAAUGUUAAUCAGUAGCCUGUGACACGUUCUGUCUUGUGUAGUUGCAUUAGAGGGCUUUGGCAGUGGGGAGGCAGUGGAAUGCUACACUGCUAAAAAUAGCAAUGUGGACACAGGACGCACUGUGCGAGCGUGUAGAGGGUUAUGCAGGGUACACAGAGUUCAGGUGUGUAGGGCACUCUACUCAUCUAAAACAGUGCCUCACCGUCUACUCUGCUAUUUAUACCUGUGCUAGCUGGGCAUGCAGUGUCUGUACCCUACACGGUGCCAUAAGUGUUUAUGUACCUUAGGUGGUGGCAUGGUCACAAGGUGCGAGCAGGCUUGCAAUGUCUUUCUCCUUCUAGAUGCCCUCUCAUUUCUCCCUCUGCCAUCAUUCAGACUUGAAAACUGUGAAUGUGAUCAUUCAUAUGCAUUUAAAUGAGACCAAAUCACGCCCUCAUACUGCUCCUUUUCAGAUUUUUGAAGAAAACUAUUUAAAAUCAAUUUUGACCUCUUUUUUUUCUCCCCACGAAGCACAUUCCCCCUGCCCGCACAGUGCUCCAUGGAAUAAAGUUAGAAACAAUAUGCAUGAUCUUUAUUAGACCUCUGUGCAAUUAUCAACAUGGUGAAAAUCCCAAUUGAAUUUUAAAUGGCAGGAGACAAACAGGAACCAUUGGAGCUGAGAGAGCUACCAGAAUGGUAAAAGCUAAACAUUCAGUAAGCAGUGCUCACCAAAUGACAAAUGAAGCCAUUCAUUUAAAAGAAACAAAUGUUUAUUACCAAGAUUGGAUUUAUUUAAAGUUUGCCUACUCGAGAACGGUUCCCUAGGGCAGAAAGGAGGAGAGUUGGAGGAGACUCAACUGAGGGGUCAAAAAUUACAAAGCGCAUGGCAAAAAUCUGAUCAGCCCUUUUUACUCUUGUACAGAAUAUGAGGAACACAUGGACCCUCACUGCC